UCCGUCCCGCCGCCGCCGCCCGCGCCAUGGACGACACCCUGUUCCAGCUGAAGUUCACGGCCAAGCAGCUGGAGAAGCUGGCCAAGAAGGCGGAGAAGGACUCCAAGGCGGAGCAGGCCAAAGUGAAGAAGGCCCUCCAGCAGAAGAAUGUGGAGUGUGCCCGCGUGUAUGCCGAGAAUGCCAUCCGCAAGAAGAAUGAAGGCGUGAACUGGCUGCGCAUGGCCUCCCGCGUGGACGCGGUGGCCUCCAAAGUGCAGACGGCUGUCACCAUGAAGGGGGUGACCAAGAACAUGGCCCAGGUGACCAAGGCGCUGGACAGGGCGCUCAGCGCCAUGGAUCUGCAGAAGGUCUCCGCGGUGAUGGACCGGUUUGAGCAGCAGGUGCAGAACCUGGACGUGCACACGUCGGUGAUGGAGGACUCCAUGAGCUCGGCCACCACGCUGACCACACCUCAGGAGCAGGUGGACAGCCUCAUUGUGCAGAUCGCCGAGGAGAAUGGCCUGGAGGUGCUGGACCAGCUCAGCCAGCUGCCUGAGGGCGCCUCUGCUGUGGGCGAGAGUUCUGUACGCAGCCAGGAGGACCAGCUCUCCCGGAGGCUGGCCGCACUGAGGAACUAGCUGGGCUCCGCCUGUGGCCCAGGCACAGAAGCUAGGAGGAUACUGACACCUGCCCAUGCCUGAUGCCCGCCGCUGGCCCUUUCCUGAGCGUAGCACCGCCCCGCAGCCGGGUGCCCUGCUGGGCUCAAGGGAGGGCCGGUGACUUUGCACAAACUUCUGACUUUGGUGGGUGAUUUCUGAUGGGGGCUGGCCAGCUGGGGAGUGGGCAGGCGCCCUCCCCUCCACCUGCUGAGGAGCUGGGGUGCCCAUGGUCCCUGGGCUGCAGAAUGCUGAGGGGCGCGGCUCCAGGCUCGAAGCCACCUGUGUUCAGGCCAUGCCUGGAGGGUGGACACGCACAGCAGUGCGGCGCCAGAUGUCUCUGCGGCCACCCACUAUGCCUCCCGCCUGCAGCUGCCCCGGGGUGGGGAAGCACUGAGUCCCGGCCGGUGGGACCCGCCCGCCUGCCAGGCCAUCAUGUUGGUCGGGCGCUGCAGCCGCCACCCACUCUGGACCUGCCUCUCCUGCCUCCAGCCAGAGGGGACACCCAUUUGCCUCGCCCGGCCGGUCCCCAAGCCGGUCCCCCAGAGGGGCAGGCGCUUCUCCCUAGUUCCCGGCACCCACUUCUUUUCUUGAAGCUUCAGAGAUUUCUGUUUGUUUUGUUAUUGCCAAGAUGGGCAAAGCUGGCGGCCAGCGGUGGUACCGGGCCGAGCCCUUCCCAGCACAGCUGCCAGGUGGCCAGAGGCCUGGGGCCUCACACUUGAGCCCACAGCCUGGGUGCGGCUGGGUCUUCUGCCAGUGGUGCGGCCUCGCCUACCCGUCUGCCCUGAAGUACUGUUGAGUGUGAACAGGCUGAUGCCCAGGGCUCUGCCCUGCUCUGCUGAGGCGUGGCCCGCGGGCAGUUCUGCAGCCCCUGCUGGGGCACCCAAGAAAUGGGCCUCCACCCCACGGAGCCAGUGCCCAGUGCACGUCUCUCUAGUGUCCACCCUGAAUGAUUAAAACUCAUAAAGCAGCUACAUGCGAAGUCACAUGUCCUGCACUCCUGCGUGGGCAGCUCAGUCCCUGCCAGCAGCCACCUGAGCCAGACCCAGCACCGCCACUUGCCGGGUGCAGCCUGGCACAGCCUCUCGCUCAGUCCCCACAAGCCGCUGUGGA